UGCAGUGUACAUUUCAACUUUAAGUAAAUAUUAAAUAAUAUGUUCACAAACCGUAGUAGAAUUGCAGAUCACAGAGGACCAUCUGCUUUUUUGGACCUCUCAGACUUCAUAGAGAAGAAAACUGCCUACACUUAAUUUCAGUACAUAAAAACGCCAAAGUGUAAAGGAAGUAUGCAAAUGUUUGAAGGCUGUUUUUCAUUUGACUAAGUGCUCUUCUCUGUCGUUUCUCUGUUCCUCUCUUGUAGCAGAGACGUGAUCACGCACGUAAGUAGUGACCUGUGGUGACCUGUAGUGAUGCUUAGGCCAAGUGACUACAGAAUAAUUGACCUAAUCACAUGCUAUUAUUAACUGCAGCAAUUAAGGUGGAAUUAUUAGGCUUAAGUAAUAAAGGUGAGGCCGUGGCACUCGCUUCGCUCACCAGAUCAGAGUAUAAAAACCACAUCUUUGAUUCAAAAUUUCUGAAACAUCUUCUGGGUCUUCUGCUCAUUCACUCAUUCAACAGGCAGCAUCAGAAGCUCAACAAGCACUAUGUCCGGGCCCACACUGUACGUUUCCUUGCUGUGCCUUCUCUCAGUCGCCUCAGCCUGCUACAUCUCUAACUGCCCAAUAGGUGGCAAGAGAUCCCUGAUAGAGGCUCCAGCUCGUAAGUGUAUGCCGUGUGGUCCUGGAGACAGGGGCCGCUGCUUUGGCCCCAGUAUCUGCUGUGCUGCAGAGCUGGGCUGUUACGUGGGUUCUCCGGAGGCGGCGAGCUGCGUGGAGGAGAACUACCUGCCCAGCCCGUGUGAGAGUGGAGGGAAGGCGUGUGGAUCUGAGGGAGGACGCUGUGCUGCCCCGGGAAUCUGCUGUCACUCAGAGGGUUGCAGUACCGAUCAGACAUGUUUGGCAGAAGAUGAAGCUGAACCAGAGAAUAAUGAGGGUCUUGGUGGAGAGGUCCUGAUGAAGCUCCUGCACCUGGCCAGACAGCACCCCUCCAGCAGAAACCACCAGUAAACCUUUGAGGAGCACUGGACUGGAUUAGUGUGAUCUUCACAUUACUGAAGCACUGGCUCUCACGCAAUGUAAUGCACUCCCCUUUGACUUGACUUUCUAUCAAACGUAGCUAGAAUGCAUGUUAUGUACUGUAUAAUUGUGAGCACAUAACAUGUGUUCUGAACUUUAAGGCACUGGCUGCUAGCGUACUCUUGGAAUAUGGUUCUGUGUUGAUAAUAAACGUAGAGAAGGGAUCAUA